CUCACAAGCAUGGGCGGGGAGAGUAUAGGUACCAACAGGUCUACCUCAGGUUCUACUGGAAGACUCGCACCAACAACAGAAACCAAUGGGCUCCCAGAAAAGAACAAGGUACGCAGAAAGCGUGGAGGAGGCGGACGCGGAGAAAAAACCAGCAGCAGCGGCAGUCCGGGUAAGAAGGCAUCAGCCGAUUCCAAAGCAGGUGUGCGAAAUCAGGAUGAUAGGCUAGACAAUAACGAUAGCGACGCUUUAGCUAUACAGAGCAGAGGAAGGACGGGUAAGCGUAGUGAGCAAGGCACGCAGAGACCUGUCUUGCGCUCGCCAAAGGUUGUUGCGGAUAAUGGGAAAGGGUCCAGUCGUGGUAGCACUAGAAAACGUGGUGGUAGGAAGAAUCUUGCUACGGAAAAUGGUACUGAGAAUUCGUCAGAAGCAGCUAAUGCCUCAAAAAAGUCGUCCAAGCGAUCACAUACGAAGUCAAAAAGAAAGGUAAGCUGUUUCAAAAAAUAA